GCGCCAUCUGCUCGCGGCGCCGCCUCCUGCUCCACCCGCUGCCGCUGCCGCCCUGAGUCACUGCCUGCGCAGCUCCGGCCGCCUGGCUCCCCAUACUAGCCGCCGAUAUUUGGAGUUCUUACAACAUGGCAGAUAUUGACAACAAAGAACAGUCUGAACUUGAUCAAGAUUUGGAUGAUGUUGAAGAAGUAGAAGAAGAGGAAACUGGUGAAGAAACAAAAAUCAAAGCACGUCAGCUAACUGUUCAGAUGAUGCAAAAUCCUCAGAUUCUUGCAGCCCUUCAAGAAAGACUUGAUGGUCUGGUAGAAACACCAACAGGAUACAUUGAAAGCCUGCCUAGGGUAGUUAAAAGACGAGUGAAUGCUCUCAAAAACCUGCAAGUUAAAUGUGCACAGAUAGAAGCCAAAUUCUAUGAGGAAGUUCACGAUCUUGAAAGGAAGUAUGCUGUUCUCUAUCAGCCUCUAUUUGAUAAGCGAUUUGAAAUUAUUAAUGCAAUUUAUGAACCUACGGAAGAAGAAUGUGAAUGGAAACCAGAUGAAGAAGAUGAGAUUUCGGAGGAAUUGAAAGAAAAGGCGAAGAUUGAAGAUGAGAAAAAGGAUGAAGAAAAAGAAGACCCCAAAGGAAUUCCUGAAUUUUGGUUAACUGUUUUUAAGAAUGUUGACUUGCUCAGUGAUAUGGUUCAGGAACACGAUGAACCUAUUCUGAAGCACUUGAAGGAUAUUAAAGUGAAGUUCUCAGAUGCUGGCCAGCCUAUGAGUUUUGUCUUAGAAUUUCACUUUGAACCCAAUGAAUAUUUUACAAAUGAAGUGCUGACAAAGACAUACAGGAUGAGGUCAGAACCAGAUGAUUCUGAUCCCUUUUCUUUUGAUGGACCAGAAAUUAUGGGUUGUACAGGGUGCCAGAUAGAUUGGAAAAAAGGAAAGAAUGUCACUUUGAAAACUAUUAAGAAGAAGCAGAAACACAAGGGACGUGGGACAGUUCGUACUGUGACUAAAACAGUUUCCAAUGACUCUUUCUUUAACUUUUUUGCCCCUCCUGAAGUUCCUGAGAGUGGAGAUCUGGAUGAUGAUGCUGAAGCUAUCCUUGCUGCAGACUUCGAAAUUGGUCACUUUUUACGUGAGCGUAUAAUCCCAAGAUCAGUGUUAUAUUUUACUGGAGAAGCUAUUGAAGAUGAUGAUGAUGAUUAUGAUGAAGAAGGUGAAGAAGCGGAUGAGGAAGGGGAAGAAGAAGGAGAUGAGGAAAAUGAUCCAGACUAUGACCCAAAGAAGGAUCAAAACCCAGCAGAGUGCAAGCAGCAGUGAAGCAGGAUGUAUGUGGCCUUGAGGAUAACCUGCACUGUAAUAGCCUAAACACAACUCUUAUUUACUUAUAGCCUUAUGUUUUUGUAUUUUCUUGGUAGACUAGGUAAUUUUUUUUUAAAGGACAGGAAACUGAUAUUUUAAAGACCAAUUUGUUCUACCUAGCAUUUUAACUAGAUUUUCUGCCAGAUAUGUUGAAUGCACAAAUUCUGUCACGCAUGUUCAUUCAUUGCUACAUAAUUUGGUUCUUCUGGAAUAUUUUUAUGUAGCUCUUGGAGUACAGCUAUGAAAAUUAACAACUGUUAAAGGAAAUACCUUUUUUUUCGUAAUUUUUUCCUUGAAGAACCAAAGUAUUUUUUCAGCUGGUUGUUGAAUAGGGUUAAGUCCGCUUGGAUUAGCUGUGCCUUUCAUUACUUUGUUACAGAAAUGCAGUGACUUAUACUAAGACAAUUUAUUGUUUAAAAAAAAAAUUGGCAAGACAACUAUAUGGUUAAGAAUUUCCAGUAUGACCACACCCAAUAACUGUAUUAGAGUGUUAAUGGAUUAUUGUGUUUUAGGUGACAUAGUUAACUGUAAAGUAACCUGACUCAGUAUAGUUACUGGUACCACAGUGAGGUGAAUAAAACGGGAUUUUCAGAAGUUAGCCUGAAUUUAACUGUACUUUUAAAUUUAACCUCCAUUAACUGAGCAUCUUUUCUUUGUGGUAGGGUCUACCUUCUGCUUCCCUGGAAAGGAUGAAUUUACAUCAUUUGACAAGCCUAUUUUCAAGUUAUUUGUUGUUUGUUUGCUUGUUUUUUGUUUUUGCAGCCUAAAAUAAAAAUUUCAAAUACAA